AGAAGAAGAAAGAAGAAGCGAGUUUUAGAGCAGAGCCAGAGUGUGGAUGGUAAAUUUCACCUCGUCGUCUGCCCAAAAUUGGAUUAUUCUGUGCAAAAUUGUGCUUAAAAGUGUGUAAUUUCAAGUUGUGGCUGUAGUAAAAAAAAAUCUAUUGUGUGAAUAUCGUAGUGUUUAAUCGUGAAGACUUGUAUCCUGGAUCGGAAUUCGAGCGUCGUUAGACACUAGAAAGCGGCGAAGAAUUAUGAGUAAUUUAAAAUCUGCCGGCGUUCCGCGAUUCCCUUUCCCGGCAGUCGCCGCGAAUCCAGCGGCUCGCAUUAAUUGUGGCUUUUGUUGUUAUUAUUAAAUGAGUGUGUAAUAAAAAUCGAAACUAAACGAGAUGCCAACCGGCGAUGCCUCUCGUCGUCGUGCCCGUGGCAGCGCAGUGUGAUUGAGGCGAAAAGAGUGUGUGUGUGUGGGAGUCCGGUUCCAAAGUCCGGCGCUCGGCAGUGUCCGAGGGGGCGCCCAGGGAAGUAAAUCCAAUUAUUAUUGAACAGAAGAAGAGAAUCAAACUCGAAACUUGUUGCGAAUUGGCCGCAAACCGACCGCGAGACAUCACUGUGCAAGUGAAAGUGCGCGAAGAAUAAAAAAAAAACGAAACGAAACGAUCGGCGAACGGUCGGAACAGGUUGGAACCAGAGCGGCGGUGGUCAUGGACGGCGUUCGGGCGUUGGACAUUCUGCCGCUGCUGCAGGAACGCUUCGCGCUGCUGUCCGGUGGCCGGGAUAACCGCGGCGGACCGAUCAUCUGUUUCCCGGCCACCACCAAGCGCGAACGGGUCAAGCCCGAGGACAUCAAGCGGGUGGUCAGCUACCUCAUCGGGAUACCGAGCGAUGAAAGCAAAAGCCAUGGCUUCACCAUCGUCAUCGACAUGCGCGGCAACAGCAACACGGCGGCGAGCGCGAAGAUGAUCCUGAAGGUGCUGCAGGAGAGCUUCGGCCAGGACCACAUACACCAGGCGGUGAUCAUCAAGCCGGACAACUUUUGGCAGAAGCAACGGUCGGCGAUCGCGAGCAGCAAGUACAAGUUCGAGACGACCACGGUUUCGAUCAAUCUGCUGAGUAAAGUGGUCGAACCGUCGCAGCUGACGUCCGACUUUGAUGGGUUCCUGCAUUACGAUCACAACCUGUGGAUCGAUCUGCGGGUGGCGUUCGAAGAUUUUCUGUGGCAGGCGAGUGACAUUCUGGACCGGAUCGAUGAUCUGCAGGAGGACUUGCAGCACUCGGACUUUCCGGAGGACGUCAACAGUGCCAAGCACAGUAGCGAAGCCCACAACGAAAUGAAGAGGAAGGUUUUGAAGCUUCCCAUCGAGGAUCUGGAUCUGCAGGGUCAAAAGCUGCUGGGGAAGUUUACCUCGUACUCGAAUCGGAACGACGAAAGUUGCCACUCGACGUCGUCGCCCUCCAAGUGUCACAAUCCGGAUAUUUCUUCCGCGCUGAACCAGGUUCUUCAGCAGCUCGAAACGGUGAGGAAUGCCCAGCAGCAGCUGUUGAACAUGUGGCAGCACAAGAAGACCACACUGGACCAGUGCUUCCAGCUGCGUCUGUUUGAGCAGGACUGCGAGAAGAUGUUCGACUGGAUCCUGCACAACCGGGACGUGUUCCAGGAGACGUACGUGGAGAUUGGCCACAACUACGCGCUGGCCAAGAACCUGCAGGAGGAGCACCAGCGCUUCGCCAUGACAUCGCGCAACGUGAGCUUCAACAUCAACCGGAUAUUGGCCGUGGCAGGGAAAUUGAUCGAGAGCAGUCACUACGCGGCGCAGCACAUCCGCACGUUGGCCACGCGACUGGACAAGACGUGGAAGGACUUUGUGACGACGCUGGACGAGCGGACGGCGGUGCUUUCGCUGUCGGUGGUGUUCCAUCACAAGGCGGAACAGUACACGGAGAGCGUGAGCAGCUGGGCGGCGGCCUGCGAAGCGACCAUUCCAACGCCGACGAACGUGGAGAGUCUGGAGACGGCCAUCCGGACGCACCAGUCGCUGUACGAGGCGAUGUGCCAGGCGUACACGGAGGUGCACUCGACCAGCAAGAAGCUGCUGUACCAGCUGGAUCACCUGGUGCAGGUCUGCAAUCAGCCGCCGGCUGUCAACACGAGGAAGAAUGACAACUCUCACUUCAAUGGUGGCAAUCCGGCGGCUGACUACAGUGAAGGUGCGUCCCACGUACUGGCCGUAAUCCACCAAAUCCUUGGCCACCAUCGGGCCCUCGAAAGCAAGUGGCACGCGGGAAAGCUGCGACUACACCAGAAGCUUGCGCUGCGCCUCUUCCAGGAGGACGUGAAGCAGGUGCUGGAUUGGCUGCAGAACCACGGCGAUGUGUUUCUGCGGAAGAACCGCGGCAUUGGGCGAAGUUUGCAAAAGGCGCAAAUCUACCAGACCAGUCACGAGCAUUUUGAAAAUGUCGCGCAAAACACGUACCGGAACGCGGAGAAGCUUCUUGCGGCGGCAGAAGAGCUGGCACGGUCCGGGGAGGUUGCGCCGCAGGAAAUCUUUUCGGUUGUGCGGGAACUGGAGACGAAUGUGGCUUCUUUUGCGGAGCGCGUUGAACAGCGGAGGAGGAGACUGGAUCUGGCUGUGUUAUUUUACACUCACGAAAAGGAGAUUUCCGCCUGGUUGGAACAACUUCAUACCGAAAUGGCCAACGAGGAGUCGAUGGAUCUAGCCAAUGAGCAUUUGGACGGGACCGAGCGGAUGCUGGAGCAGUGCAAAGAGCAAGAGGAGAACACCCUGAAGACGUGCAUUCAAGCUAUCGCGCAAGGUGAGGCCCUCCUGCAAGAACUGCGGGCAAUCGAGGAGGAAGAUUCGUCGGGAUCGCUGACUGCGGUGCAGAAUGCUUUGGAGCGGAUUCAAAAAAAUCGGCUAGACCUCGAAAAUCUGUGGCAGCAGAGAAAGAUGAAGAUCGACAUGUAUUUGCGACUGCGGAUGUUCGAGCGAGACGCGCUGGAAGUGUGCUCUCAGCUGGAAAUGUGGGCCGAGGAGCUGCAGCAUACGGAUGUGUCGCGGGACUUCCAGAAAACCGAACAAGUCCUUAGGUUGCACAACGAGUCGGUUAGUCAGAUGCAGACCACGACCUAUCAGAUGAUUAACACCGGCCAAGAGUUGAUGCAACUGUUUGAAUCGUCAGGCGUGCUAAUCAUGGCCGAUCCUCACACGACGGCGCAAACCCGCGUCCAGUAUCUGCUAGAGUUUCUGCACGAUCGGGAGCUGGACCUGGAAGAUAUGGCCGAGUCCAAACGAAUCAAGCUGGAACAAUCCAUGCAGUUGUGCCACUUCCAGAACGACGCCAAUCAGGUCAUUUCGUGGAUCCGCAACGGCGAGGCGAUGUUGAUGGCGAACUUUUCCAUUCCAAACAGCUACCAGGAGGCGGAACAACUCCGCAAAGAGCACGAACAGUUCCAGGUUGCAAUCGAGCGAACGCACACCUCGGCGGUUCAGGUCAAGUAUCGUGCCGAUGCACUCAUGAACGCCAACCACUACGACCCGCAGAGCAUAAAGGACAUUGCCGACGAGGUGACCAAGAAGUGGCAAAAGCUAGUCACGUGCGCCGAGGAGCGGCACAAGCUGGUGACGGCAUCGUUGAACUUUUUCAAAACGGCCGAGCAAGUGUGCAGCGUGCUGGACAGUUUGGAGAAGGAGUACCGCCGCGAGGAGGACUGGUGUGGCGGCGGUGGAUCCAGCGACAAGGGCCAGCAAAUUGUGCAGCUAAUUUCCAAGCAUCAGGAGCAGAAGGAGGCCUUCCUGAAGGCUUGCACGUUGGCGCGAAGGACGGCGGAAACAUUCCUCAAGUAUGCGGCACGUUCGCUGCAGUUUUAUCACAUAAAAACGAAUGUGAAUAGCGAAUCUCGGGUAAAAUCGAUCUUGGAUAAGCUGCUGACGCAGGAAACUCAGGUGCUCGAAUAUUGGACGCAGCGGAAGAAGCGGCUGGAUCAGUGUCAGCAGUUUGUUUUGUUUGAGAGAUCGGCGAAACAGGCGAUCGAGUGGAUCCAUGACACGGGAGAGGCGUACUUGUCCUCCCGGAACAAUAAACUGUGCAGCAGCCGAGAGGAGACUGAAGUUCUACUGAAGGAACACAAUGAGUUCAAGGGAACUGCUAAAGAGACGCGUGAACGGGUGAAGCUGCUGAUACAAUUGGCAGACUCGCUGGUGGAGAAGGGCCACCAUGCCCACGCAAGUUCCAUCAAGCAGUGGGUGGCGACCGUCGAUAAUCGCUACAAGGACUUUAGCAGCCGGAUGGAACUCUACCGGGCUAAUCUGGAGAAAUCGUUGGGCCUACCUGGAAUACAGCAACAGGACGACAAUAAUAGUAGUAGUAGUAUUAAUAGUAGUAACAGUAGCCUUAACUGCAAAUCCAUAUCCUCCUCCACGACGUCGGUGUCGACCUCGUCCACGAGUGGCAUCUCGUCGGCGUCCUCCACCACAGCCAACGCGUCCGUGCUCGAAUAUCGCCAUUCCGAUCCGUCGCUGGAAACAAAGCUGAACGCAGCAGCUGCCGGACCAGGCGGAGUCGGAGUGCCCAAAGAAAUGAACGAAGAAAAGCGCAAAUCUGCCCGCAAAAAAGAAUUCAUCAUGGCGGAACUACUUCAAACCGAACGCACCUACGUGAAGGACCUCGAAACGUGCAUCAACGUGUUUGUGAGUGAGCUCAAGAGUGGCGUCAACGUACCAACCAACCUCGUUGGUAAAGAGCACAUUCUCUUCAGCAAUAUCGAAGACAUCUUCGCGUUUCACGAGAAAAUCUUUCUCCGCGAGCUGGAAAAGUACGAAACCAUGCCCGAAGACGUUGGUCACUGCUUCGUGACGUGGGCGGCCAAAUUCGACAUGUACGUGUUCUACUGUCAGAACAAACCCCAAUCGAACGACUACAUGGUUCAGUUCGGUGGAACCUACUUCGAAGAAGUACAACGCAAACACAAACUAGAACACUCGUUGCCGGCGUUCCUCAUCAAGCCGGUGCAGCGAAUAACCAAGUACCAGCUGCUCCUAAAAGACCUUCAAUCCUGCUGCGACGAGGGCCAGGGCGAAAUCAAGGACGGUCUCGAAGUGAUGCUGAACGUCCCCAAAAAAGCCAACGACGUAAUGCACCUCUCACUGCUCGAAGGCUGCGACGUUCCGAUCGAUACCCUCGGCGACGUAGUUCUGCAGGACUCGUUCCUCGUGUGGGACAACAAGCAGAUUCUCAUCAAGAAAGGUCGCGAACGACACGUCUUCCUGUUCGAACUGUACAUUCUGUUCUCCAAAGAGGUCAAAGACACCAACGGAACGGUCAAGUACAUCUACAAGAGCAAGCUGCUCACGUCAGAUUUCGGCGUCACCGAGCACAUCGAGGGCGACGAGUGCAAGUUUGCGAUCUGGACGGGCCGGGCACCGAUGCUGUCCGACUACCGGAUCGUGCUGCGCGCAAACAGCCUCGAGACGAAGCAGAUGUGGGUGAAGCGGUUGCGGGAGGUCAUCCAGGAGACGUACUUCUCCGGGACGUCCUUCUCGCUGCUCAAGUCGCCGGCGAAGGUGGGCGCAAAGCAGCUGGGCCAGCGGCUUUCCAAGGACAUUGACGACACGCUGAACGAUAACGACCAGGACGGUAGCUCGCUAGCGAGCUUCGGGUCCGGCAACACUACGGACAGUGAGAAGGGCGGCUUAGCGGAGGUGACGUGGGUGAUAGCGGACUACGUCGCGACCCAGGGCACCUCGGAACUGACGGUGACGAAGGGCGCCCAGGUGGAAGUCAUCGACAUGAACUGCACCGGGGCGCCCGAGUUCUGUCUGGUGCGGCUGCCGAUCAACUCGACCGACAGCCAGGAAGGACUGGUGCCGGUGUCGGUGCUGAAGCCACUGCCCUCCUCCCACAGCAAGCUGAGCUGCAAACAGCAGCAGCACCAGCAGCAGCGGGACCCGGACGCGUUAGGAGAAGUUCCCCAAGAGAAUGAUUGCAUUCUGCCGAAUCAGCAUACAUCACCAGUCAACAAACGGAAAGGUUUCAGUGGGAAAAAAUGGCUACCAACUGGGCUUCGCAAGUUGUCACACGGCAAAUCGGACAAAUUACCUCCGGUGGAAAAGCCGAUGAUCAACAAAAAGAGCUCAGACAAAAAGGUUAAGGAAAAACCACUCGGCGAGGUGGAACGGCCGGCGCCCGCCGCCCAGAUCGAGCUGGAGCCGGACGAUCCGGAGCCGACGAUCGAGCUGCCACCGCCCAUGAAACCGAUCCAGGACGCCGCGACGGCCCUGACCGGUACACCUUCGUCCACGUUGUCCUCGGCCGAGGACCACCAAACCUGCACUAGUACUAAGAUACAGAAAGCUUUAUCGAUAAAAUCGUUGGAGGAACCUCCGGCGGCGGUCAACCAGACGGCCGACGUGGCGGAGAUUGAGCAGCUAGUCAAAGACAACGUACUGCGGUACAAGGAGAACGACGGAACGGCGACCGUCCUCACCGGUGGCGGCAUGAUGUUGGGUGAGGCCGGAACGUGUAUGGCAGGGUUCGGCGACAUCGGGGUGCCAUCUGUGAGCAAUGGAGGAGUUGGGGGCAGCAGUGGCGGCUGCAGUGGAAUGUUCGUCAAACCGGCCAUUUCGCCGCAGUUUUCCGAGAAUGAAGCCAUCGACGAUAACCUGACCGACGCGGAACAGGGAAUCGAGGACAUUCUGCGGAAGCGUAUGUUCGCCUUGAGGGAACUCGUGGCCACCGAGGAUGCGUACGUGAACGAUUUGUCCCAGAUCGUGAAUGGCUACAUUGCCGAGAUUCGCAACCCGAACAGUACCGUCCUGAUCCCGGAUGACCUGAAGGGCGGCAAGGAGCGCAUGGUGUUUGGCAACAUUGAAGCAAUCUACGAGUGGCAUCGAGACUACUUCCUGAAGUCGCUCCAGAAAUGCCUGGUCACUCCGGCCGAACUCGGACCACUGAUCAAGCGCAGCGAGCGGAAGCUGCACAUGUACGUGGUCUACUGUCAGAACAAACCCGUGUCCGAGCACAUUGCCCAGGAACAUAUGAACUACUUUGAUGAAUUACGCUUAAAAUUAAGAUAUAAAUUAUGUUUAGGAGAUAUGCUCAUUAAACCUGUCCAAAGAAUUAUGAAGUACGAGUUGCUGUUGAAAGAUAUCCUGAAACAUACUCAGCGGGCCGGUCUCACCGAGGAGGUGCCAGGAUUGAAAGAUGCAAUGCAUAUAAUGCGAGUAGUUCCUAAGCAAGCCAAUGACAUGAUGGAUGUCGGUCGGUUGCAGAAAUUCGAGGGUAAGAUAACGGCGCAGGGCAAGCUGCUGCUGCACGGUUUGCUGUACUGCGUCGAGGGUGCCAGUAGUAGUGAUAAGAAUUCGUACAACACGCAAAAGCCGAAGGAGCUGCACGUGUUUCUGUUCGAGCAGACGAUCAUCUUCGCGGAGAUCGUCGGCAAGAAGACGCAGUUCACCAGCCCGAGCUACAUCUACAAGGCGCACGUGCAGGUGAACAAGAUGACCCUGCAGGACCUGUCGGACCAGACGAACGGCAACCGGUUCUCGCUUUGCUCAAUCGACCCACAGCGUUCCAGCCUAAGCUUCAUCUGCACCGCCCCGACGCCGGAAAUGCACAGCGAUUGGCUCAACAUGAUACGCAUGAUUCUGCAGAAGCAGAACGACUUUCUAAAAGCAAUACAAAGUCCGAUCGCCUACCAGAACGAGCUGGACUCUUUGGAGAAGAACAAGUAAGUUAGCAAAAACCAACAACAUCCAUACAAAAUUACUACGCUGCUGCUGCUCGCAGGACCGAAAAUCAAACCACACUUUUAUGAAGAGGAGUGACAAAAAGAAAGUAACAAACAAAAAACAAAACAAAACCAACAAAUCGUAGUUAAGCCAAUAAUUAUGAGUAAUUUGUAAUUAAACAAAAUUGUAUGAAUAUGGUAACUUAAAGUGACAGCAACAAUUGCAGCAUAUAGACAAAAUCUGACACAAAACAAAACAACAGAAAAACGCAGAGAAAUAGAUUUGCUUAACAAAUAAACAAAAAGAUGGUUUGUGAACAUCUGGACAAAUAACAGAUAACAUUAUAGCAAGCACUAUAUUAUAUAACAUUCGGCAAAUGGAAUAACAAGAAAAUACAAACAAACAACAACUAGAAUAAUGCGCAGCAAAUUUACCAGCAGCAAAAGAUAAACAAAAAAA